CAGAAGCGACUCUAGGGUUUUAUUUUCUUCUCUCAUGGAAGAAGAAGCGACGAAUUCAAAAGAUUUAAACCCUAAUACUACUAUCCCCAUGGAAGUAAUUUCUACUCCUUCCAUGGAUUCUUCAACAACAUCAUCAUCAAUUACUACUACAACUACUACAAUCACCCAAAUUUCUGUUUCUGAAAAACCCCAAAUUUCAGAUGAACAAGUUAGGGUUUCUGGUUUUGGUGCUGGUUCUUUGUUAAAACCUUUAGUAAAGUGUUCUGAGAAGGUUUCUGAGGGUAAAUUUCAAGUGGAAAGUGUUGUUGGUUCUGUUUCUGUACAUAAAGAAGUUGGAGAAAAUGGAGGAGGAGGUGUUCUUGAAGAAGUAGAAAUUAGGGUUUCUGAAAUGGAGAAAGUAGAAGAGAUUUCGGAGGUUGUUGUUAUUAGUGAGGAGGAAGUUGUUGUUAUUAAUGAGGAGGAAGAAGAGAAAGAAGAUCUUGGUGUAGAAGAUGUUGUUGGUUCUGUUUCUGUAAAUAAAGAAAAUGGAGUUCUUGUUCUUGAAGAAGGUGAAAAUCGCAAGGAAAUUAGGGUUUCUGAAUUGGGAACUGAAGAAGGUGCUGGUGCUAUUGAAGAGGAAGAGAAGCAGGAUCUUGUUGUAGAUGAUGAAAAAAUGGUGUGUGAAAAUGUAAAUGGAGGAGAUGAGAGUAUGUCUGCUGCUAGCGAGGAGGAGGAGGAUGCCAGUGGAGGAGAUGAUAAGACUUCCACUGGAGAUAACAAAAUGGGUUCUCCUGUUGAUGAUGGUGAUGAGAGUAUGUCUGCUGCUAGUGAGGAGGAGGAUGUCAGUGGAGGAGAUGAUAAGACUACCACUGGAGAUAAAGCAGAAGAUGCAGAGGAGGAGGAGGAGGAGAAUAUGGUUGGAGUUGAUGUUAAGGAAGAUUCAAGUUUAGCUGCUGAGGAUAUUAGUGGAGCUGUUAAAACUACUGGAAAAGGAGGAGGAGGAACAAAAGCUGAAGAGAAAGUUGUUGAUUUAGGUAUCUGUAAAAACAUGGGUGAAAUUGUCAAACAUAAUGAGGAGGGGAAUGAAUAUUCUGUUUCUGAUUUGAUAUGGGGUAAAGUGAGUAGCCAUCCAUGGUGGCCUGGUCAGAUAUUUGAUCCUCAGGCUGCUUCUAAACUAGCGAAGAAGCAUCAGAAACAUGAUAGGAAAAGACUUUUGGUUGCGUAUUUUGGGGAUCAGACCUUUGCUUGGAAUGUUGCGUCGUCUUUGAAGCCGUUUGAAGCUAAUUUCUCACAGAUGGAAAGACAAACUGAUAUGGAAGAGUUUCGUUCUGCUAUUGGUUCUGCCUUGGAUGAGAUUUCUAGACGUGUACAGCGAGGGUUGCUAUGUUCCUGUGUACCAGAUGAAGCUUGUUCUGAGAUCAAGUCACAGAUAAUAACAAAUGCUGGAAUUCGGGCCGACUCUAGUAGAAGAGAUGGUGUUGACAAGAAUAUGGGUGCUGCUACAUUUGAACCUGGUAAGGUUGUUGAGGAUAUCAAAAACUUUGCACUGAACCCCCUUGGAGGAUGUGAUAAGAUGGAAAAUGUGGUAACUCGAGCUCAGUUAGCAGCCUUCUAUCGUUCUAAGGGUCAUCUACGAAUGGCUGAGUUUGGUUUCUGGGGAGGGUUAUUGGAUCCCAAUUUUAAGAUGCCAGCUCUCACUUCCACGACUGAAGAAGCACCUUUCGAGAAAAGAAAGCUUGGAAGUCAAGACAAGCCUCCUAGUACACCAACCCCUGGUGGCAAAAAGCAUAAGUCUGUUGGGUCCUUCUCUGAUGACUUGGCAGGGAAAACUGGCAAAGAAGGGCUUUCGCAGUCAAGUAAUGAGGAUGGUGAAUUUCGAACUCCAGGAUCUUUCAAGGUUGGAGAAAGCUUACGUAGAGUUGCUAGUCAACUGAAAGGAUCCCCUCCGAUACUAAAUUCUAGUGGUGGAAGGUCCCGAAAAAGUGCAGGUAAGAUAGAUCGGAGCAGCGAGAAGCUGAAUGAGAAAUCCAAAAAGCGAAAGAUCACCAUUCCAAAAGAAUACUCUGAUCCAGAUGAGAUGUUAUCACAGCUUCACUUAGCUGCACGAGAUCCUAUGAAAGGUUACAGUUUUCUGACCAUCAUAGUUGGUUUCUUCACUGAUUAUAGGAAUUCAAUUAAUUUAGACCAGUCCGGUUCUGGGAAGAAGAAGAGCGGUCAAUUAAAAAGUAGUGGUGGUAGAAAUGCAAAACUGUCCAAGAUUGAGGCCAAUGCUGCGGAGAUAUAUAGUGACGAAGAGGACGACCCAUAUUGUACUGAUAUGAUUAGUGGAGGUACUCCCGAAGAACAGUCACCCCGCAAGAUUCAGAAAAGAAAGCGAAAACCCACGUCUAAAGCCAAGUCUAAGAAGGAUUCUAGCACUGUUGAAUUGGAAAAAAAUCCUCCAUCAAGUCCUUCCCUAGUAAUUGAGGAAUACAGUUCCAGCGAUGAAUCAGAAGGUUCCGUUUACACUAUUGAUUCUAAACAGCCAGAUCCUGAUGUCAGCACCAAUUCGGUUACAGAAGCACUAGCAGUAAGUAAUUUGAUUAAGAACGAUGCAAAUGAUCCGUCUCACACGGCGCUAGUACUGAACUUCACACAGGCUGAUUCUAUUCCUUUAGAAACAGAUCUAAACAAGAUAUUUAGCCGUUUUGGGCCUUUGUUGGAGUCUGAUACAGAAGUAACCAGGAAGUGUUGCCGUGCCAAAGUGGUUUUCAAGAAUCGAAAUGAUGCAGAAGUAGCAUUUAGCAGUGCUGGGAAAUUCAGCAUUUUCGGACCAGCGCUUGCUAGUUACCAGCUGAGGUAUUUACCAUCAACACCAUCUACAGCUUCUCCCUGUCCCCUUCCUGCAGCUUCUCCCUGUCCCCUGCCUGCAGCUUCUCCCUGUCCCCCACCUGCAACUUCUCCCGCUCCCCUGUCUGCAACUUCUCCCGCUCCCCUGUCUGCAACUUCUGCUUGUCCCACAUUGACUGUUCAAGAAACUAACUAGAUGAACAUAGGUUAGAAUAAUGCUAGGUUUAUAGCUUCUCUUGUUGAGAUCAUUUUGUCUUGUAUUUCAGUAGAGAUACUUGAGGUCACAAUGUAUGUGGUUAUUUGCUUUUUAGGAGUCUGGUGUAGUUAUUGAAUGAGCAGAUGUGUAAUUAAAACAGCUCUUUUUGCUUUUUCAAGAUGAUUAUUCAUGAUUGAAGUAAGUUUUUCAUUUGAAAUUUUCAAAAAAAAAAGAGAAGAAACUGAUACAAACUAGGAGUAUUCUUCUUUUUUUUCUCAAAUGAAAAUAAAACACCGGCUUUUUCGU